AUGGCUGAGAAGAAUGUAGACAUUGACGAUCAUGCUUCUUGGCCUGAGGCUAUUGAAUCACAUUUUAUUAGUCUUCUAUAUGAAGAAGCCAAAAAAGGAUUACAAACAACAACCUUGGACAAAAAGGGAUGGCAGAAAAUAGAAAAUGACAUAUUAAAUUCUUUUGGAAAGAGAUAUAAAAUGCAUCAAUUGAAAUCCAAAUUCAAUCGGUUAAGAAAGGCACAUCGUGAAUUUUCUCAUCUUUUGGAACAAACUGGUAUGGGAUGGGAUCCUCAAACAAGUACUGUUACAUCAAAUGAUGAAGUAUGGGACACUUAUCUAAUGAAAUAUCCAAAUGCGAAAAGAUUUCGAAAAAAAGGAUUGCAACAUUAUGGGAUGCUUGGAGAAAUAUUCAAUAAUACAACAGCCACUGGUGGGAUGAGUUAUGCCUCCACUCAACUUCCGCCUUCUUCAGUUGAAGAACGCCAACAAGAGCGUCAUUUUGUUGGAACUGGAGCACAUGUUGAUGUUGCUUUUGAAUUUGAUGGUGAUAAUUAUGGAGAGGAGGAAGAAGUUACUGGUGUACGUCGUCGAGCUACUUCUGCUCCACCAGAUGCACCAAAACCAAAAGAGAAAAAGAACAAAGGGGCCAAUCCAUCCAUCGACCAUGUGAUGGAAGAACUUGCAAAAAGUAUUUCUGCUAAGACUGAGGCAUCACUAGUAUGGAGUGAGACUAUGCGUAAGUAUUAUGAAUCGAGAGAAAGGAGAAUUAGCGAGGAAACCAGCAAUGUCACUAACUCUUACAGUGUGGAAGAUUGUCAAAACAUUCUAGAUGGUAUUCCAAAUCUGGAUAACAAAAUAUACCUCAAAGCGUUGCAAGAGUUUGUAGCAACCCCAGAAUGGCGUGGAAUAUUCAUGAGAAUGAAUGAGGAGCGUCGUCGUGCUUAUCUUGAUUCAUUGAUGGGGUGA